ACCCAUUACUCAUAAACCACAGCACACUGUACAUUGUGUUUACCUUUUUUACAUCCCGUUUUCGGAUCAUAGAUUCACGCGCAGGCUGCUAGAGGUUGUUUAUUAAUAACAACAUAAACUCGCUGUUCUGACCACAAGUAUUCCGCGCUGCGCUCUCGACCACUCUCGUCAGACAAAGAAAAUCGUCGAUUUUAUGAGACUUCCUGUCAGAUUCUUGACUCCAGACGCAAGUAUUCAUUCCGUAUGAUCUGGUGGUUCAAGCUCUUGGGUUUUCCAGCACAUAGGAAUAGAUACUCGAGUUGAUUGAGUUAAGCUUCUUCUAAGAGACACGUUAAGCUGGCAUCCUCUCGGAAUUUGCCCGUCUCAUCGACGUCAACGUUGGCAAGUUCAGUCCAGUGGGGCCGUGCAUAUUGUUCCAUGCUCCAACCGGGAGACAUCUGUACAUUCCCUCUAAAGGGACCGUAUCGUUGAGACCUCUAUUACGUUGAUACACGGUGUGACGUGCUACGCAUGUGAGGAUUAACUUCUGGGACUGCUUGAGGGUUGUGGUACUCGGGCAGCUAGCAACCACUUUACGACAACCACUCUACGACAACCACAUGUAUCUCAGUAGUGCAUCUUCUUCUGUUUUAAGUGUCAUGGUGUUCUCUCAGAGUCAUUAGUGUUCCCAUUUAUCCCAGGCGAGUUUAGACCAGUUCAUUGAUGCAGACUAACUGAUGUCUUAGACGUUCUCGGAAGUCAGCUCAACAGGUGUGAAUCAAUUUUUUGAAGACCGUGACGUGGCUAGUCAGGAUUGCGUGUGUGCUCGGCAGUGAGGACCAACGUCAAUACUAAUAUAGAUUCGACGUUGUGUGUGUGUGGCAUUGGAUGGCCCUAUAAAAAAAGAGAAACGGCAUUUAAGGAUCAAAGCACGUAUCUAGACUCUGACAAAAUGGUGAAGACAUUCCAGGCGUACUUGCCGAGCUGUCACCGGCGUUAUAGCUGCAUCCACUGCAGGGCUCAUCUGGCUAACCAUGAUGACCUCAUAUCAAAGUCAUUUCAGGGAAGUCAAGGCAGGGCGUAUCUAUUCAAUUCGGUAGUGAAUAUAGCAUGUGGUCCAGCCGAGGAGAGAGUUCUACUAACAGGCUUACACGCUGUAUCCGAUAUCUUCUGUGAAUGCUGUAAAACUACACUCGGAUGGAAAUAUGAACAUGCCUUUGAGAACAGCCAGAAGUAUAAGGAGGGCAAAUACAUCAUUGAGCUGGCUCAUAUGAUUAAAGACAAUGGCUGGGAUUGUGACUGAGAAUUACACCAGGGGUAGACUCCGGUGUGUUAACAGAACUCAACGAAUACACAGGAAAAAGCAGCGGGGUUGCUUCAGAUGUCACAUUGUCCAUUGCAAUAUUCUAUGUAUAUGAUGGUGCCAAGACCCAAAGUGCCCACUUAUCAUUUUGCUGUCAUAUUAUAAUAAAAAUGCUGUUAAAAAAAGUGAUUGAUUGGAGACUAUAACUGCCACAGCAGGUAGAUGAUGUUUUGAAGUCAACACACAGGGAUGUAUGGUUGUUGAACGUUGGAAAGGGCAGGCAUUGACUGCGUGUGUUUCUUUAUGUCGAUCAAGUGGUCAUGAGUGUAGCCUGAAACAACACACAGCUGUUAUUACCGAUUCUUCAUCAUCAUGAUCUUCAUCAUCAUCAUCAACCAGGCUUCAUGGUGUAAAACAGAGUAAAAUGUAGUGUCUGGAAAGGUUCGGAUUUGUGGUUGUUUUUGUAUGUGGAUGUUGUAACGGCAUUAGAUGCAGUGCUCUCGUGUGGCAUUCUUACUACACACACACAUGGAAGGGUAUCUUUUGCAUGUUGCAAACACAUUGUGGACAUUCAUUUGUGUACAAGUGUAAAAAGAAGUAUGCUUCAACCCUGUGAAAACAACACUGUGUGGACGUGUGUAAGUCCACAUAGUGUUUCAAGAUCUAACAUUGAGUGGACUUCUUGUCUCAGUAUGCUUCAACUUUGUGAAAACAUCACUGUGUGGACGUGUGUAAGUCCACAUAGUGUUUCAAGACCUUACAUUAAGUGUCUUCACAUCAGAUCAACUAUCGUUUGAGACCAGUCUCCGGGUCACUGUGCAGUUCAGCCAGACAGAGCCCAGUUUCAUAGAGCUGCUUAAGCAGAAAGCAUUGCUUUUAAACAAUUUAUUGCUAAGCAGAAAUUGGCAGGACACCAGUCACAAACAUGUGACAUGCUAGUUUGGGUGGUAACCUUAUUCCGGUCAGCAUAAUUUGCUUUUAAGCGGCUCUGUGAAAUGGGGCCCAGAUUGCUGCGGUGGUGACACAUCACCAUACUGACAUCCAAUUCAAUUCACCACUCUGACAUCCAAUUCACCAUUUUGUAAUUCUGUAAAAAGUGUGAGAUUUAUUUAAGUGUACUAUUGUAAAAUGUAGGCAUGGUUUUGUCGGUUUAGAAGUUUUUUAUGUGGUAAAAGAUACUCCUCGGAUGGCGAUAGUUCUUGUACAUUUUUCAGGGGUUGACGUUUUUUCCAGUUUGGUAAUCACACUGAUUUUUGCUGCAGCACAAUGAAACUGGAAACAAAUUUUUUGUUUCCAGAAAGCUAAAUGUAUUUUAUGGAACUCUGAUUGAAUUAAGGUCUGUGGGGUCCAUGAAAGAUCCUUGUAUGUAGUUUAAAGAAAAAAUAUUUCCAAAUAAAGAAACAGAUUUGGUACAAGAA